AUGAGAAAGUUUAUGGGCCAUCUUAUCACCAAUGAAGGAGUAAAAGCAGACAAGUCAAAGGUAGAGGCUAUCCUUGACAUGCCGGCCUCCACAGAUGUACAUGGAGUGAAGCGGCUAUGUGGAAUGAUUAAGUAUCUGGCUAAGUUUCUUCCCAACCUAGCUGGUGAUUUGCAACCCAUUCGAGAGCUGACCAAGAAGGAUGUGGAGUGGAACUGGUCAACAGAGUGUCAAGAAGCAUUCCAGAAGGUCAAGGAAAAGAUCACAAACACUCCUUUGCCCGCAUACUUUGAUUCCAACAAGGAGCUACUAUUGCAAUAG